UUGAGACCGAUCCCGAGCGGGGAGAUCCGAUGUUGGCCGUGAGCCCCGAACUGAGGGCCAGGAAUUCAUUUGUUUCCCAACUAUCCGGGCUCGUCAGAAAUGUGUCGACUUCACUUAAUCUGCAUUGAACGAUACAAACCAGGAGCCCAGGCUGUCUGUUUCCGCAGAAUUUAAAUGAAAGUCUGGCCGACAGGUCACGUGAGGCUGUGUGCCGCAGAUUCGCCCCGCCCUCCGCGUUGUGACGCCAGAUCACGUGGUGUGAUUUUGGCCACUGAGUCCCAUAACUUCCCCGAACUCGUCUUGCUUCCUGAAGCUCCUCGCGUUUGUCCUGGAGCUUUAUGGCUGUUGUGUCUUCUCCCGGACUGGGUUAGACCUGCAGUGAGACAUUUAUUGGAAGAAAAGCACACAACUGGAAGCAGAGCGCGACUGAAGACGAGGGAACAGCAGCAAGUGAAACAGCCCGAGGAUUGAGAGCACCGACUGGAGAGAACCCAUCUGACUCGGAGAUUCCAGUGAUUCAGUCAGGAGAAAGUUGGGCCAUGAGUUAAAAAUUUCGCCGUCGAUGAAAUGCGCAGGCGUCAGGCUGAGGACGUCCCCGAGUAUUAGGCAUGCGCGCAGCACACUGAAGGCAUUGAAAAUGUCGGAUGCAGGUUAAAAAUGACAAGGAAUUUGCCUACGGGAACCUCGAACACAACACGCCAGUUUUGCUGUCUCUGUCCAGAUAUUUAAGAACAGGAGCAAGGGAUUCAGCCGAUCAUCCUUCCUGCUCAGACUGUCAAGAGGGAUUCACUUGAUCAUCUGACCAAGGCAUGCCCAUUAGUUUACAUGGGGGGAGCCCAUUCAUCUGCUCAGACGGUGGGAAUGGAUUCACUCAGUCAUCUCAACUGAAGGUACAUCAGCAAGUUCACACUGGGACAAGGCCAUUCACCUGUCCUGUGAGUGAGCAGGGAUUCAGUGGGUCUUCCCACCUGUGGACACACCAGUCAGAUCACAUUGGGCAAAGACUGGUCAUCUGAAGAAUUUGUGGGGAAGCAUUCACUCUGUCAUCUGACCUAAUGGCUCAACAGCGAGUUCACACUCGGGAGCGGCCGUUCACCUGCUCAGACUGUGGGAAAGGAUUCACUCAGUCAUCUCAGUUACUGAGACACCAGUCAGUUCACACUGGGGACAGGCCAUUCAACUGCUCGCUCUGCAGGAAGGGAUUCACUUCCGCAUAUAAGCUACUGAGACACCAGUCAGUUCACACUGGGGAGAGGCCAUUCACCUGCUCAGACUGUGGGAAGGGAUUCACUUCAUCAUAUCAGCUACUGAGACACCAGUCAGUUCACACCGGAGAGUGGCCGUUCACCUGCUCAGACUGUGGGAAGCGAUUCACUGAAUUAUCUCGACUGAAGAUACAUCAGCGAGUUCACACUGGAGAGAGGCCGUUCACCUGCUCAGAUUGUGGGAAGGGAUUCGCACAGUCAUCUCAACUGAAGGUACAUCAGCGAGUUCACACUGGGGAAAGGCCGUUCACCUGCUCGGACUGUGGGAAGGGAUUCACUUCAUCAUCUCUACUGAAGGUACAUCAGCGAGUUCACACUGGGGAGAAGCCAUUCACCUGCUUGGACUGUGGCAAGGCAUUCACUUCAUCAGCUCACUUACUGAGACACCAGCAGCGAGUUCACACUGGGAAGAGGCCAUUCACCUGCUCAAUCUGUGGGAAAGGAUUCACUUCGUCAUAUAAGUUACUGAAACACCGGUCAGUUCACACCAGAGAGUGGCCGUUCACCUGCUCAGACUGCGGGAAGGGAUUCACCGAAUUACCUCAACUUAAGAUACAUCAGCGAGUUCACUCCGGAGAGAGGCCAUUCACCUGCUCAAAAUGUGGGAAGGGAUUCACUCAGUCAUCUCAACUGAAGGUACAUCAGCGAGUUCACACGGGAGAGAAGCCGUUCACCUGCUCAGACUGUGGGAAAGGAUUCACUCAGUUAUCUCAACUGAAGGCACACCAGAGCGUUCACACCGGAGAGUGGGCAAUCACCUGCUCGGACUGCGGGAAGGGAUUCGCUUCGUCAUCCCAUCUGAAGAUACAUCAGCGAGUUCACACUGGAGAGAGGCCGUUCACCUGCUCAGACUGUGGGAAGGGUUUCUCUUCGUCAUCCCACCUGAAGGUACAUCAGCGAGUUCACACUGGAGAGAGGCCAUUCACCUGCUCAAACUGUGGGAAAGGAUUCACUCAGUCAUCCAUCCUAAAGGCACACCAGCGACUUCACACUGGGUAGAGACUGAUCUGCUCGGACUUUGGGAAAAGAUUCUCUCAGCCAAAUCAACCAGUGUGCAUCAUUGAGUUCACACUGGGGAGAGGCCAUUCACCGGCUGUGAAUGUAGGAAGCGAUUCACUCCAUCAUCUAAUCUUAUGUAGCUCUCAGUUCUUUUGGCAGCUUAACAGAGGGGGUUAUCGCCCCCCCCCCCAGUCCAGUUUGGCCAAACUGAAGAAUCUCGUUUGGGUGGAUACUGUGCGAUGUGUCCCCUGUGUAAUGUGUCCCUGGGGUUCAUACUUUCUGUGGACUGUCUCUUUAAAAUGCAAAGAGAACCGAGACUGACGUUGGACACGCUGUUGGAUUUCUGCAGAAGUGCUGGGUUGCUAUGGUGACCAGCUAAUGUUUAUGUUCUGUGUGGUUAAGCAAGGUCAGAAUGAUCCUUUACCGACACAGAACAAGCAAGCGACUUCUUACAGAGAGAGGGGGCGGAGCUAUGUGAUGGACAGCUGGUGUUCAGCACAACGGUAUUUAAACACACGUAACUGCUUUUCUCGCAGGACAUGCGGACGCACAAAGGCUAGUGAUGAAAGUUUCUGCUGGUUGGACUUUCUUGUACCCACAAGGGUGGGAUUUGAGGAUCGAUAAAGAAGAAUCGAUCUGUGGCUGUUAGUGCUUGUAAGAGUGACCCUGUGGGAUCUACCGGAGAGUCUAACCCUUACCUGGGUUGGGAGACUUUCUCUUGAAGAAGGUGCUCUUGAGUUGGUCACGUCUGGCUAACUUGGAAGAUUUGAUGGGCAUUGGAAAAGGUCGACAACACCUGUUACAUCUCCCUCUCCCUCUGCCUCCUUCCCUUCCUCCCUCCCCCUCCAAUCUUGUGAACUAAAUUGAACCUACCACUUCAUCGUAAGACUAUGUCGUUUACCACCUCGGUUUUGGAUUUUAUAUACAGGUGGCUCCCAUUUUUCGGACAUUUGCUUUACGACAGCUCACUGUAACGAAAGACCUACAUUAGUACCUGUUUUUGCUAACCAAAGAGGAUUUUCGCUUUUACGAUAAAGAUGAUGACUGCUUUAUACGUGAGUUUACCCCGAGAAAGACUACUGUGACCGUGAAGUCUUGUGCGGCAGUUGUGUACGCAUGUGUGUACGUGCUGAUUUUUUUUCUCUCCAAAUCGAUUUCAGUUCACUAUCUUCCCGAUUUUCAGUGAAACUGCACAUACAUACAAUAUUUCUACUUUAUAUAGUGUGUAUAUUUAUCAUACCAUUCCUACUUUUACUAUAGGUUAGCGUUAUUUUAGGAUUUAUGUGCUAUUUGGUAUGAUUUGGUGGGUUAUUCUUUGGGUCUGGGAACAUCCAAAAUCUUUUCCCAUUUAGAUUAAUGGUGAUUGCUUCUUCGCUUCAUGACAUUUCGGCUUACAAAUGGUUUCAUAGGAACGCUGUACCUUUAGAUACUGGGGGAAACCUUUAUUCACACCUAUAUAUGCAUAACAUUGCUAACCCUUGGAUUAUCUGGUUUAAGUUCACUAUUAUUAGUAGUUACCAAUAAAAUAGUGUUUGUUCACUGCAAAACCAGACUCCAAGUGUGCUUAAUUGUUGCUGGUAGUUUUAUAGGUUUGCGUCUAUGUGACACCUGAAGUAACAAAUGGUACAUAAUAUGUGAUUAAACUAUUAAGAUUUAUAAUUCUUACUUUGACUAUAGGGUUAGUAAAGAAAACAAAAAAAAAGAAAAUGGGCCCACUCUCUCCAUUCACGUCUUCUCAUCUCUCCCAGCAAAAGGCCAUGAAAAUCUCUCUUCCAGACUCACAAGGAAGAACAUUUCUGUCAUUAGAUAGUCCCACACUCCAAAACCCUGUUAUCUCUGGUCUUACCCUAAACAUUGCUGCUGCAGAGAAGCCAUUACCUCAGCAGUGAAACAUUACAGAGAGGCCGUUACAUUAGCAGUGACACCUUACAGUGUGUUACACUUGUGACACACUACCAAGUUCAAACUGGAGAGAAAGUUUCAAUGAGCUGCAUGCUGGAUAUUUGUCCAUCACCAUUGCUGAAUGCAACUUCGAGAGUGACUGUCGGUGCUGAACUCUGCAAUUAUUGCUGCUGCUCACCACACCCAGUUCUGCACCCUGGUCACUGGGCAUGGGAGGAGUUUCUUCUGCUGCACAUUCACCUUUAAUGGGACUGGAGUUUAAUAUUCUGCAUCUGAGACAAAUAAACCAGUUCUAUUUUAAACUAUGUCUUUGGUACUUAGUGAAUUUAUAACACAACCGGUGUACUCAGGCCUGCUGAACCCGGCCAGUGAAUCUGCUCCACAUCAGUCCAUUUAAAUCCUCCUCUGUUGUUUCCCUUAAGUUCUCUGCAGACUGAAGAAGUCGAGAUGACUGCAGUUCUAAUCUCUGGGGUGAUGAAAAAUGACAUUGUUCGUUAACCUCCUUAAUCACAACAUAUUUCCACAUUAUGACUCACUUUCCCUGCUUCUAAAGGGUUGUUGGAAACACCACUGUCCUCGAAAGACUUAAAUUGGAAUGGGAAGCCUAGUUGGAAGUUCAAAGGAGCAGGGUCAGAAACCAGAGGCUGGUCUGCACAGGGCAGAGUUUGGGACUCUGGCCGAUGGUUCUGGUAAGAACGUAUGAUGAGGAGAAAGGAAUCAACAGUGGGGCAUGGCAACGAAUGACAGAGUAGCAACAUUUGGAUGUUAAUUGGCAGACAAAAUAAUUUUGUUGUCUGACUGAUGAACAAUGCCUGUGGUGAGAGGCCCCAUUGGUCGAGGCACAUGUGUGUGUUGAGAAUGGUUAUACCUAUUGAGGGAGUUAUUCCUGGUGUUUAUCCUGUAAAAUUAUAUCUGAAUGGUUAUUUGAGAUGAUCCUAUCUGUAAUAAUGUAUUGAUUAUCAUAUAAAUUGUGAGAUUAUGUCCUUAACUGAAUCAGGCUUGAAUUUAUGGUGCCUUAAUGAAGUUACUGUGGUCAUUCACCCAUUUGUAUUUUAAAGCAAGAUUUUGGUGAAUGACAUUUGCCACUUGAUUGUACCUGCAUAAGUAAUCAGAUUGAGUUAAACUGCUGCAGGAUCCUGGAAUGUGUUGAAUUGUCUCUGGUUUUUCUUGGCAUUUUCUGCAUUUAGUGUCUUGUUUGCUUGUAUUGCAUGUAUUUCAGAUUUUUUUCUUUUUCUUAAACACCUUGUCCUGCAUUUCUGCAAGGAACCCCUCUGUUUCUGGGAAGAGGUCUCCAACUCUCAGUCAGGUGCUCGAUGCUUCCUUCACACCAUCUAGUCUGCUCAGAUCAUUGGGAUGUCUCCCAUGGAGGGUCAUACUCAUUCCACUGGUUAAUGUUUUCUUCCAGAGUGAUGACUUAUUGUUCUCAGUUGGCCUCUCAUUUAAGCUUUCCGGUCUAUAUUUCUUAUCAUGAUUGCAUAUACACACAUGGAGUGCUGAAUCCUGUUUAUUUUUGAUGAAAAUAUAUAUUUAGGUUUUAUCUGACUGUUGUGUGAUUUUUUUUUUCAUGUGUGUUAUUCCUGUUCCUCCUUCUGUCCAAGGUAGUUGUUAAUCUAAGUGGGACUUCGUGUAAAUAGACUUUUCUAAAGUCUCUUCAGUUCUUAUUUGUCUUUGUAAAUGUUACUGAUUGAAAUGGGACCAAGAUAUUUUCAUUAAAAAAGUCAAUCUCGGUAUUGAUGCAAGUGUUUAUUGCCUUUGUUG